AGAUAUGUCAGGUCAUAAUGUCAGUACGUUGAUGUUUCUUCUGUUUCUUUUACCGUCAAGCCAGUGGAUAGCUUUUGUGAUGUUUCAUCUGUUUCAUCCAGCAGAUAACUAACUGAAUAAAUUCGGAAAUUUGUUUAAACGCUUAACUUACUGGAAUAAUGAAUUGAUUAAAGGUUUCUUUGGUUUUCUUGGAUUCAGCCAGCAGUGUGAAAUAUCCACGAUAAAGAAUUGAGAGUGAUUGCGGUAAAAUAGCUACGAUGGAUAACAACAAAACAACCAGCAAAACAAGAAAUCAGCUUCUGAAUUUAAUGCUGUUAAAAGCAUUUCGUGAACGAUGGUCAGAUUCUAAGUGGGGCAUUAACAUUAAAACGGUACUACCUAGAGGUGUCAGCGGCGAUGUUUACAACCUUGCUGAUUGUAUUAUUCAACAAGCUGUGGUUGGAUCCGAUGCUAAUAAGUUGAUAUUGUCAUACCUUCGUCACACGCUAUGCUCUCAUCUAAUAUCUCAUUCCUCCGUCUUCAAACGGAUUUCAAAGUAUAAUUUCUUCGACAAAACGUUUUGUGUAACUGCACUACUUGAGUUCCUGGAGAGCAUCAUAACAGGAGUGACAUGCAGGAUGAAGCCAGAGGAAAGUGCGCUGGGCAAUGCUUUACUGUCGCUCACUCUUUGGUUGUCCGAUGUCUAUGCUGCCGCUGUGGAAAUUUAUCGAGCUACGGGGGAAUUGAACGCAGAUCAAAAGGUGAUGGUCGAGAGAACCACCAACGUCAUGGAGAAGAUAACAAAUCAACAAUUUUUAAUGGGUGUCAUUUUCAUCGCCAAACAUCAAGAUGCUGACAUUUUGGCGAGAGUCUGUCGCAACUACGUCGAUAUCAAAAAGAAUUCGAUCGGCGCUGGUUUCAGUAUGCCAGGAAAGCAGUUCGAAGAGUAUCUCAAGAAGAUUGCCUACAUUGACUUAAGCACAUUGGAUGUAGCACCAAAUGUGGAAUUGACCGCUGUCGAAACUAUAACAAAUUGUCUGCAGCCACUGCUCGCCGUGAAAGUCCACUUGAAUCCCAGUAGUGACACUCAAAUGUUUGUGCAAGAUCUUUUGAUGGUGCAACGUUUGAAGAACUACAGCUUGUCGAGGCUGUUUUGUGAGACGAUUCGAGCUUGUUUGAUGUCUCUUUAUAAUGUAAGCGGAGGACUGAGAGAAUCAAUCUGGUGUGCGUUUGCUUUCAUCAAAGUGCCCGAUAUUUUGAGACAGUUAUACUCCAUGUCAGAAGGAUAUGACGAAAAACUGGACUACUGUCCUGACGUUGUAAAAGCAAUUGAACAACUAUGUGAGGACCCAAUACUUGACUUCAUGGACACAAAAUGUGCCUGCAAUACGAUCGAAUUGUUGUUAGUUGAGCUGGGGAAGCAGCAUCUUGUUAACGAGAAACACAUUAAACAGUAUACGUCUAAGCGCGACACGAUUUCGUCAGCUCUAAUGAAGAUUGACUUGAACAACCAACAGCAGCAAUCGCCUAUCAAAUUCGUUAUUCGUGCAGAAUCACCGUUUUCUGGCAUUCUCAAGGCGCUCAGUGCUGACUACAAUAAAAUGCAGGAAGCGCUUGUCAGUAUGCUGUGCCAAGUAUUAACAGGAAAUAGCUUGGAGUUGAUUUUGUCGGUGGCGACGGUAGAGGGAAAAUUAAAAACUUUCGUUUCUCGUCUCAUCAACUGUAACGAAAUGUCCAAACAAGUACCAGGAGAGGCGGCCAAACCUGCGAUGACAAGAUCAUCACUAUUCGAUGUUUCAUUCUUGAUACUAACCUUUAUCGUCCAGAUGUAUGGCUCGAAUGUCGUCCUCGAAGAUCGUGGAUCGUCAUUUUUUGAAAAGUGGGUUCGUGAAUGUAUGAUGGAAAAGAACAAAAAUAAAUCGCCGAUGAAUAUGGUCCACUUGAGCGAUCAAAGUAAGGUCGACGAACUUCUAGCUCAUUUGAACUCUACGGAUGGUGGUUUGAAAAACAGUUCGCUUAAAUGGCAAGAAAUUUGUCACAACAUUCCUGGUAUGCUUUAUCAUCUAUUGAUGGCCUGGGAGAAUGAGACAAUAUCGGCCACCGAAGUUAAAUCUAAUCUUGACAACAUUAAGCAACGAUUGUGCUGUUAUUCAGUCUGUGCCACAUCGUGGCUAUGUUCGUACAUACAAAUUGUUCGCGAUGACGAAUUGCUGAAACCUAUGAAUAUGGUGCAACAGUUCUUGCAGCCAUCACAAGCUCCAGAAGAUGCUGCACAACAAGAUAAUUUUAAAGAAAGACUUCUGCUGACACAUCAAAUUAUCAAAAAAAUGAAACAUGACGUUCAUCCAGCUCCCAAUCAUAAACUCCGAGCAUUAAUGCCCUCACAAAAUCUCGUGUCACAAAAUCCGUUAGACGAGCAAUUUACCGAAGUGUGGAAAACUAUUGUCGAUUUAGGAUGGCUGCCCAUUGAGUCCACACAAAUGUUGGACAAUUUACUGCAGUCGUGUGGUCCGUUCUGGCUGGUGUCAAGAUUGAUCAACGAGAUUAUGCAGUGCAAGUACUCAAGAGAAAUGUGCAAAACAAUGGAUAUGGUGUUCGCGUUGAUGCACCUCGAUAUCGAGCGAUGUUCGAUUGCUUUGCUGAACGAGUGGCUACCGAUGAUUUUGUUGAAUAAAAACCAAAAGCCAGAAAUGAUCGAGCCACAGUCGACAGUCCUAGCUCGACUUUGUGUUUACACAAUACUUGCAACGUUGGACUCAGCUUCAACAGCACCCACCCGAAAAAGAUCUCAUCCGUCCGACUCCGAGGAUAUGGAUUCGGUGACCGGGCCUCUACUCAAACAACGUAAAUUGAAUCCGGAUGUUGCGGGUGGCGAUACCAGUUCGAGUGACUUUAUUACGGAAACAAUUGCCAAUUCUCGCAGUGAAUCACCGUCUGUGCGUGAACCACUGCAAAGUUGUCUGCAGAAUUUAUUCAAAAUUUUUGCACAAUUUCUCAAAUGCGACGAAUUGUCACCGAAGAUCAACUUUAUAUUCGAAUUUUUACUGUUGCUUGUGCAAUGCGGCAAAGAGAAAAUCAAGCCGGUGCUCAAAUUACUGCCGAAUGGUCUGGUACAAAAUUUGCUGAAAAUUAUUACCACAGACGAGUUUACAGUGGGCUUCAUUUUAAGGAUAUACGAUCUGAACACUGCAUCGGGAAGACAGUCUGCCAUGACAGAUUUGUGUUUACUGCGCAAUAUUGAGCUCCGUAAAGAAAGUACAAAUUUGUAAUUCCUGGCUACAUUGUAAUCAUUUUCAUAAAAUCGAAUAAACGUUUUGAGAUUGAAAAGGGAUUGAAUUCAUUGUGGGUUUGAGCACAUUAAAAUGCA